AUGGCAAAUCGUCUUAAAAAACUUUAGCUCUUCUAUGUAAAUGAAUUUUAUAGAAUAUACAAUAAAAUAAGGAGAAACAAAUCUAAUAGCAUUAUGCUUUUCAUAAUUUAGCACUUUUAGCUCUUUUAUUUACUCCAUUAAUCCUUUACAAAUUUAUUUAAGAAUAAUUCAAGGCCAUUGGUAUUAAUCAAUUACAUUUGUUAGUAUAUUACAUUGGAUUUUAAUAGUGAGAAUUUUGUCCAUUGGAAUGAAAUAUUUUUAAUCGCAAUUUUUAUUGGACAGUUGUUACUUGUUCUGAGUUUGCUAUUAUUAUUAUUAUAAUAAAAAGUGGAAGACAGAAGUAAUAAACAAGAUUUACAGAAUCAAUUAAUACUGCUCAAAAAUUUGGGGUUAGAGAAAGCAAAAUUUAGAAAAGUACUGAUCAUUUUCAUUUAAAACUUAGAAUACUAUGUUUCCUUCUUUAUUAAAAUAUCAAUUCAUUUAUUAAAUUGUCCCAUCAUGUAUUUAGCUAUGAAAGAGUUUAAAUUGUAGUUGAAUUAAGAAUAAAAUUCUUAUGCUUUUGGCAUAAAUAUGCAAUUGAUUUCUCUUUUAGUAAUAAUAUUCAAUUAGUUAAUUAUAAGCUAUUAUGAGGUCCAUAACAAUUAAUUUUCGUUUAAGCAAAAAGACUAUUUAACAUACUGCUCGUCAGUUUAUACUAAACUUUAAACCUACUUAUUGUAAUUUCUAUUAUUUUUAAUAUCUUUGAUUAAUAAUCUUAAUAUGGAUGUAAUAAUAGCAAAUCUAAUCAAUAUUAGUUUGCUUAUUCCAAUCUUUAAUCUUUCAAUUAAACACCCGAAAUAUGACGAUUAAACAUCGAAUUAUAUGCACAUCCAAACGUUCUCAAUACUUCUUUUAGUCAAUUUAAUCGUUCUAAUUUUUAGUUAAAUUUUAAAUUUGGAAUUUUCAGAAAUCAUACUAAUGAUAUCCCCAUUAGCAUUUUAUGUUACACAUUUAAAAAUUUAGUAGGAAUCACUUAUUUAAUAAGCUGAUUUCAACCAGCGCAUACGAUCUUUGUAUAAUCAAUGUCAUACUGCUAUUGGGAAGAACGGAAUGUUGAUAGACGAAGUUUAAUAUCGACUUCCCAAAGAUCUAAGAUUGUAUGUUUUUUCAACCAAUCAUUUUAUAAACUGCUAAAAUAAACCUUAAUGCUUUUGUCAUUAGUAUAGGGUUGAAUCAGGUAGUUUCAUCUCAAGAUUAAAUUUUAAAAAUUAUCUCAAAAAUUUAAUUCGUCUUUCUUUUGAAGAAAAUUUGAAAGGCAAAAAUUUAGCAAUUGAAAAUGAUUUCACAACAAACUUUUAUUAUAUUUUGUACAUUUCUUAAAUUAGCAAAUAACCAGCAAAAGCAUUUUAUGAAUUAACAAAGUUAAAAAUCUAAAGUGAAAAAUCGAUGAAAUUAUUAAAUAAAAUGUACUUGAAUUCUAUAGAAUAAUAUGUAAAAGAUGACUUUAAUAAAAUGAUUGAAUUGAAAAACAUUACAAAUCAGAAAUACAUAUGUUUCAAAGUAUUCUAUUAUGAUAUUGCGAUUAAAUUAUGGAAAUAGCAAUUUAUUGCUUCUUUGAAGUAAUAGAAAAAUUGGUACAGCCUAAUUUAAAAUAGAAAUAUUAUUGAAUUAAUAAAAGAUGGAAAAUAAUUGCAAAAUAAGAAUAAGGAACUUGAGAAAAGCCUAAAAUAUUUAUUCAAAUAAAACCCAAUAUCACCCGAAUGCUCGCUCUUAAUAUCUCUAUUUUACAAAUAUAUUUAUUUUAAUCACAAGAAAAUUGAAAUACCAUCAUUAGAUUCACAAUUAGUUUAUAAAUUUUAGAAUUCAAAUAAUGGAAUUCUAUUUCUAAAAGAUGCCGCACUUGUUUAUUUGACUCUAGUUGACACAAAAGGCAUAAUUAAAAACUAUACAAAAACAUUCAAACAAGCAGUUUAUGCAAGUGAUUCACAAAUUUUAAACAAUUCAAUAAAUGAUUUCAUUCCAAAAAUUAUAGCCAAAGUUCAUGAUUAAUUCCUAGACAACUUUGUCGAACAAGGUAGAAUACAUAUAAUGAAAUCUGAAAAAAGAUUUUUAUUAGUUAAGAACAAAAAAGGGUUUAUUUUCCCUAUAAUUGCUAAGGUACGAUUAGAAACAAAUUUGUUUAAUGACUUUGGUUCUUCUGCUUUGAUUCUUCCAGCUAACAAUAAUUAUCAUUACAUCCUAUUAAACUACUAUGGAUUGAUAGAAGAAAUAAGCGAAAAGUUAUUCACUUAGGUGUUCUAGCCAAUUUUAAGAAUAGAUCUUGAUUAACUAUAAAAUAUAGAUUGUUUAAAAUUGAUACCAAAAUUAAUUAAAACUUGGAAGAACAUGAAUUCCAAUAAGAUUUUAGAUCCUGAACUAAAGGAUUUAAUAUAAUCCUAUUUGGUAAUACCUAAAAAAUUAAAGAAGUAAAAUAUGCUCACUUCAACAGUAUUGUAGAUAAAUCAGACAAUUUAGGAGUUUCUUAAAGACUAGGAUAAAAUUAAUGAAAAGUAUUUUUAAAAUAUGAAAGAAAUGUUUAUGUUUAGGAUAAACUUUAGAAUUAUAGAAUUUUAUACAUUUUAGGGAACGAUUUAUUGCAUUGAAAUCUAAAAUAUUAAGACUGUUAAGUAAUCUUAAAGGCUUGAUAUAUAUUAUAAUAUCAUCGAAAAAUCUGAUUAUUCUCAUAUUAGUUUCAAAAAAAUCAAGACAAUCCAAGAGAAAAAUGAGAAGAUUAAGCUUUAACAAAAAGUACUAGAAAAAUCUACCUACAAAGAUACUUUUGGCUUUAUUAAAUUAUAAAAUGAUUCUUAAACCCUAUGCAAUUUAGAGGCUGAUAAAAUAGUAGAAGAUGAUUACAUGAUUAAAUAAAAGGAAAUGCAAAUUUAACUUGUUAAUCCACUUUAUCAAUAUGAAAUCGAAAAUAAUUCUCACUUAGUGAGUUAGUCAAAUAGUUAAGGUAAGAAAUAGAUAGAACAAUAAGCCUAAAAAAUGCAAUCCUCAAUCACUCACAACCUAUAUACAUUUAAUAACUUCAAUAGUAAUCUUUCAAAUCCAUUGAGUUAAUUAUUUUCAUAAGAUUAAAAUAAAUACAUCGUUCAUUCAAGUGCAGUUUUGGAGGGCUUAAAUGAAAAUAGAGAAUCAAUUAAAUCACUGAAUUCUUUAGAUGUACCACUGUCUGAGGAAAAUGGCUUUUUUGAAAUGGAAUAACUUAAUUCUGUUUCAUCCUCAUAAGUUAGUCAUUAUAAGUUAAAGAAAAAUCAGAUUAAACAUAAUCUCUUUGAUUAGAAUUCCAAAUUACAUAGGCUUAUUAGGAUUAUCAACGUCUUAAUAUUUAUAAUCCUUAUAGUAUGUAAUAUUUGGUAUUUUUACCAUUUGAACCAAUAAAAUUAAUUUAUUAGUCAGUCAUUGAGGAAUUAUGCAAUUUCCAACAGUUUCAAUAUAAGAAUAAAUUAAUUCAUACUUAGCUAUGAACUUGAAAGCACAUAAUUAUUUAAUUAUAGCCAAUACAGUAAAUUUUGCUCCAGUUAAUUCUAACAGGAUAUUUCUUUCCUUUACUACUAUUUUCCAAACCUUGUAUAAACAACUGUUCCAUUUAUAUCAAUUAAUGCUGCCCAAAAUAUAACAAAUCAAAGCUUUUAUUAAUCCCUAGGAUAUAUUUCAUAAUAUUUACUCUCUUUGAGCAAUGGCCUUAAUGAGUAAUAUUAUUUGGAAAUCAUUGCUCGAAAUUUUAUCAUGUUCUCAUAACAAAUAAAAUUUUUUAAUUCUACAGGUGUAUAAUUAGCUGUUGAUGAAUUUUAUAGUUCUCAAUCUGAUAUGAGAUCUGUAUUCUAUAUCACACUGCUUUGUGUUUUUUUAGUUACAAUGUUUUACUUAAUCAUAUUGAUAAUAAUCCUUAGAGCAAAACAUAAAAUAAUGUAACUAUUUCACACAUUCCCAAAAAGUUAAAUGGUCGCUUUGAUUGGCUCAAUUGAAAUUAUUUUACAUUUUUUGGACUAUAUCGAUUUUAUUAAUCAUCAAACAACUGAUUAAUUGUUAGAAUAAGUAAAACAAAAAAUAGCUUCAAGUCCUGGGAUGAUGAAAAUCCUUCAACUCAAUGCAGUCUAAAAAAAUUAGUAAAACUAAGAUUUCAGUAAAAGUAGUAAUUUAUCCUAGAUUCUAGCUUCUUUAAUUUAUGUAGUAUAUACUGUGUCUUUAGUUUUCAUUUACUUUCUCAUUGCAUCAUAAUAUAUAGGUUAAUUUAUUUAUCAAACUGAAUUUGAAAGCACAAUAAUAGACUUAUUUGAGCAAUUAGUAUUAUAUAAAUCCUCUUAAAUCUAUGUUUUGGAAUUUUAGAGUUUUUAAAAAUUGCUCAUACAAUAUGAAUAACUUAAACAAAAUGAUAUUCUAUUUUUAAAUAAGAGUAAUAAAUUAUGUUAUUUAGGGGAUGAAGCUUUAAUUUAUAUGGAAAACUAAUUAUCGAUCUUUCAAGAGUUUAUUCAAAGGAUGAAUAAUUAGAAAACCUACCAAAUCUCUGGUUUUAAAGGCACUUUAACAAGUGAAUCCUGUCAAGCCUUCUCUCUUUUGAUUUAGAGUUAAAACAAUGAUGCUGAUUAUUUUAAUGAAUACUAUUGUAGACAAUUAGAUAGCUUAAGAUCUGGUCUGAUUGUCUAAUUAGUAAAUUUAUCAUAAAACUUUAAACAACUGUUUAUUAUUUCUCAUGAUAAUCUCUAAUAGUUUAAUGAAUAUUUGGAUUCAAUAAGCAAAGUAAAUUUAGAGGAUUAAAUUUAAAAUCUAUUAUAUACAUCUUAAAUAUUGAGUCUUUUACAUGAUUCUAUUUAAUAUGAAUCUGAAAUAAAACUACAAAAUAAUAGAUUAAUUCACCUUUUGCUUUUUAUUUUUGGAUUGAUUUCCUACUUAAUCUUUAUUUUUAUUAGUAAUAACAAAUUAAAAGUAUAUCUAUAUAAUGAGUUGGUCAAAACAAAAUAACUUUUUUUAUUGAUACCUUUAGAUGUACUUUGUGAAAAUCCAUAUAUCCUUUAGCUGCUGGCAGAAAGAAUUGAAAGUAGUUAAAAUUGA